UUAAAUUCCAUUUCCGUCCUAGAUAGGAAAAUGGCGACCUACGCACUUGAAUGAAAGGAAGUUAGGCAUAUUUCCUUUAUACUUCCGCAAUGUCGUCAGAAAUAGAAAAAGAGUUUGCGGAAAAUGAAGCAAAUCAUCUCUGGCCCCAAUUUUAUCAGAUAAUUAAAAAUGAAGCUUCUAUGAUCUCAAUAAAUGAAAAAUUAUCUGUUGGAGAAGCAAGAAAACCUGAAAAUAGAAGUAAAAACAGAUACAGAGAUGUCAGUCCAUAUGACCACAGUAGAGUUGUCCUUCAGAGAGUACCAGAAGGAGACUCUGACUAUAUUAAUGCCAGUAUCAUAAAAGUGCCGGAGUCUAACAGGACCUAUAUUCUCUCACAGGGUCCUCUAGAACACACGGCAGGCCAGUUCUGGCAGAUGAUCUGGGAACAAAAUACCAAAGCUAUUAUUAUGUUAAACAGAGUCAUAGAAAAGGGAACUUUAAAAUGUCACCAGUACUGGCCACUUGGUGAAGAUGAAGAUGAAGAAGAGUUGACCUUUGACGAUACAAAUCUCAAGGUCACGUUACAGGAGGAACAAGCCUACCAACAUUAUACUGUCAGAACAUUUGAAUUAGAAAAUUUAGAAACACAAGAAGUUCGGGAAGUUUUUCAUUUUCAUUACAUCACUUGGCCAGAUUUCGGGGUACCAUCUUCGCCAGUCUCAUUUCUCAUAUUUCUAGAGGCAGUAAGAACGAAGGGGGUACUAGAACAGAACGUUGGGCCAGCAGUGAUACACUGUAGUGCGGGCAUAGGUCGUAGUGGUACUUUCUGUCUGGUGGAUUCUGCUCUAGUUCUGGUGGAGAAUAAUGGAUCAUUAAAGGGUAUUAAUGUCAAGGAUUUACUGAUCUCUAUGAGAUCAUACAGAAUGGGUCUCAUACAGACAGCUGAACAGCUCAAGUUCUCAUACAUGGCUAUUAUUGCCGGAGCAAAGAAAGUGAUUGCCUUAGCUGGUGAUAGAGAGGUCAACCAUGUAUUAGAUGACUACUUGGAUAGGGGUGAAACUCCGCCAACUCCUCCCGAUAGAUACGAAUCCUUGCCAUCCAAUAGAAGAGGGCCAAAGCCCCAGCCUCCUCCUCGAAAACACAACACGGAUGAAGUGUCUCAAGAUGAGCCUGCGGCCAAACAGUCUAAGCUGGACUCAUCAGUACCUCAGGUUCCAGAAAGAGCUAAUGUUGAGGGUAAAAUAAUCAAUAGAGACUCGGAUAGUGCUAGAAAUGAUUCUAGAGCAUUACCAGAUGAUGGUAGGCAGCAUGAUAUAAAAAAACAAGACUCUGAAAAUAAUAAUCCAAAAAAAGACGAAGAUGUAGUGAAAGGUGGAGAUAGUAGAGGAGGGGGUCAGGAAGGGGAAGGGGACGAGGAUAGUCAAGACAAGCAAACUGGUAACUCUGUUUCGGAGCCUCUUAGUGACACACAUUUACGACAGAGGAGACAAGAAGAGCGGCACAAGAGGAAAGAAAGGACACAAGAGAUGAUCAACAAGAUGAAGGAGAAACAGAAAACUAGUGAAACGUGGAAGAAAAGGCGGUCAAUCUUUAAACCAAUAGCAAUUGGACUGUCAUUGCUAGUUGGUACAUAUAUACUCUACAGGCUAUAUUGGUAGCUGAAUUUAUUACUGGGUUUUUUAAAGAAAGAAAAAAUUACAGAUAUUUUUUUUUUGAAGUGUGUGAGAAACAUGUUUUUAACUAAGUGUGAUCAGAUGUAUUUGGAAGUGAAAUUGAUUGUCAAUUUGUACAUUUUGUUCUCAUUGUGUACAGAAAGUUUUUUUGAGUAAGUAGAGCUGAACUGUGGGACUUUUUUUCUCCUAAUGUUAGAGAUUCUAAUUUUCCAGUAUCUAAGCCACAUGGGAUAAUACAGUGUUGUUGUAUAGUGUGAACUUAAAAGAAUCAAGGUUAUUGAUAAUAUAUUAUUUUGCGGAUAAGCAGUUGUUCUCUUAUCCCACAGAGUUUUUUUAAGUUCAUAAAUUUUUCAAAAAACUUGUCGCAAUCAUUUAGAUGGCUAUCUUAAAUUUUUUUGGGGGGUAAUAUUUUGGAGGUCAUAGCCUUUAAAGAUAAGAUGUUAAGGACUUGGUUUGAAUUUCUUUUUUACAUGUAUAAAGGGGCGGCAAAAUCAAUUUUCUGUAUUGACGAUUGUCCCACAGCCUGUAUGGAGGUUGAAGCACAGCCUGUAAGAAGGUUGUCCCACAGCCUGUACGGAGGUUGUCCCACAGCCUGUACGGAGGUUGAAGCACAGCCUGUAAGAAGGUUGUCCCACAGCCUGUACGGAGGUUGACCCACAGCCUGUACGAAGGUUGUCCCACAGCCUGUAAGAAGGUUGUCCCACAGCCUGUAUGGAGGUUGACCCACAGCCUGUACGAAGGUUGUCCCACAGCCUGUACGGAGGUUGACCCACAGCCUGUACGAAGGUUGUCCCACAGCCUGUAAGAAGGUUGUCCCACAGCCUGUAGGGAGGUUGACCCACAGCCUGUACGGAGGUUGAAGCACAGCCUGUAAGAAGGUUGUCCCACAGCCUGUACGGAGGUUGACCCACAGCCUGUACGAAGGUUGUCCCACAGCCUGUAAGAAGGUUGUCCCACAGCCUGUAUGGAGGUUGACCCACAGCCUGUACGAAGGUUGUCCCACAGCCUGUACGGAGGUUGACCCACAGCCUGUACGAAGGUUGUCCCACAGCCUGUAUGGAGGUUGACCCACAGCCUGUACGAAGGUUGUCCCACAGCCUGUACGGAGGUUGACCCACAGCCUGUACGGAGGUUGUCCCACAGCCUGUACGGAGGUUGAAGCACAGCCUGUAAGAAGGUUGUCCCACAGCCUGUACGGAGGUUAUCCCACAGCCUGUACGGAGGUUGUCCCACAGCCUGUACGGAGAUAAAAGGGACAAGAAAGUCAAAAUCAGAUUUUGUCGAUCAGAGUAUUAUUACCCUUAGCCUGAUAGCAGCAACAGAAUCUAACCAUGUGACACUUAGCAGCAGGCAGAUCUGUUCUGUAUAAUCAGCGUCUGCACUGUUGGCUAUUCAGUCAGUACUUAUUUUGAAAAUACACAUGUACAUGUAUUCCCUAAAAAAAUAGGAUACAUAGUUAUGUCUGGAUUAAAAAAUGGACUUGUUCAUUUGAGAUAUUACAGGAAGUAAGGGUUGGUAAUAUAUUCAUUAAUAUGCUGAUUAACCUGUAAAACAAUGAAAUGAAAUUUCUUAUUCAAAUUUUACCUGAUAAGUGUGACAUUGUGGCUACAUGGAAGUUCUAUUUGUUAUUUUAUUAUUAUUUUUCUAAUGUUUGAUAUAAAAGUUAUGAAAAGUGGUACAAUAUGUAAAUUUCUGAUUUUUUUUUUCUGUA